GGGCAUCCGGCCGAGCUGGGGUCCCCGGGCUCUGUCCGGAGGAAGCGAGGCUGCGCCGGCUGGCCGGGAGCAGAGGACGGGACGCGCGCGGGCGGGCGGGCAGACUCGCCCUGUCGCUCCCGGCGCUGCCCCGGCUCGUCCUGCCUGGCCGCAGGUGCCCUGGAUGAGGCCGCCCGGCGUGCCCCGGCCGCCGACUGUCCCCGCGGGCGCCCAGCCUCUCCUUGCCCCGGUCCCCGCGCCGGGCGCAGUCCUCCUCGGGCCAGCGCCUCCGCACCUCGGCGCAGGCGGCACGGCCCUUGGGCCGGGAUGGAUCGGCCGGCGAGAGGAAGACAAGCCGGGGCAUUGAGCCCCUGCGCCCGGUACCGCGCGUAGUGGGAGCUUGCGCGCAGUAGGCUCGCGGUGGAAUUGCUGGAAAGACAGUUUCUGGGGUGGAUUUCCCAUUUUACAAUCUGUGACGGUUAAUUUCUCAUCUUGACUGGAUCGAGAAAGCCCCAAGAGAUGAGAAAGUUCACCCCUGGGAAGAACUGUUUAAAGGUUACCCCACCUUUCAUGAGGGCAGGAUUAUCCCUGAGGUUCUGAAGGAGGUGGGAGUUACCAUGGAGUGCAGACAUUUCCUUCUCUGCUGGGUGACUUCUGAUGGCAUCAGCUGUAUGUCCAGCUUCCCCACAUCCUCCUGGCCAUAGGGGAUCCAAAGUAAAUGUGUCCCCUUAAGGCAGUGCUCUCAACCUUCCUAAUGCUACGACCCUUUAAUACAGUUCUUCAUGUUGUGGUGACCCCUGUGAAAAGAUCAUUCUACCCCCAGAGUGAUCGACCCAGAGGUUGAGAACCACUGCCGUAAGGUGUCUUAGCUGGAUCUUUCUAGAAGUUUCUGCUACAUCUCCCAAUCACAACUUCUGAAGCGUAAACGAAGAUAACAUGAAGUUACAGUGACAGCCACCCAGUGACCGACCUGAAAGGUGACAGGUGGAGUGGGGAGUGCAGUGCUGCGUCUCACAACACAGGUUCUGUGUUAAGAGCUUGACCAGUUAUGCUGUGAAGACACAGGAUGCAAUCUGCAUCCUUGUUCAUUUGAAGUGCAGUGUUUGCCAUGAUACCAAGAAGGAAAAUGGCAGCGGAAGCUUGACAGCUCUUCUAAUCCAUGGAUAAAGUGGGGAAAAUGUGGAACAACUUCAAAUAUAGGUGCCAGAAUCUCUUCAGCCAUGAAGGAGGAAGCCGUAAUGAGAAUGUGGACAUGAACUCCAACAGAUGUCUGUCUGUCAAAGAGAAGAGCAUCAAUGUGGGAGAGUCAGCUCCCCAGCAGCAGAGCAGUCCCUUAAGAGAAAACGUUGCCUUACAGCUGGGACUGAGCCCUUCAAAGACCUUUUCAAGACGAAACCAAAACUGUGCCGCGGAGAUCCCUCAGGUUGUUGAAAUAAGCGUUGAGAAGGACAGUGACCCCUGUGCCACCCCAGGAGCAAGGCUGGCUCGGAGAGACUCCUACUCCCGACAUGCCCCGUGGGGAGGGAAGAAGAAACAUUCCUGUUCCACCAAGACCCAGAGUUCACUGGAUACUGAGAAAAAGUUUGGUAGAACUCGAAGCGGCCUUCAGAGGCGAGAGCGGCGCUAUGGAGUCAGCUCUGUGCACGACAUGGACAGUGUUUCUGGCCGGGCAGUCGGCAGUCGCUCCCUGAGGCAGAGGCUCCAGGACACUGUGGGUUUGUGUUUCCCCAUGAGAACUUACAGCAAGCAGUCAAAGCCUCUCUUUUCCAACAAAAGAAAAAUACAUCUUUCUGAAUUAAUGCUGGAGAAAUGCCCUUUUCCUGCUGGCUCGGAUUUGGCACAGAAGUGGCAUUUGAUUAAACAGCAUACCGCCCCUGUUAGCCCACAUUCGACCUUUUUUGAUACAUUUGAUCCAUCACUGGUGUCUACAGAAGAUGAGGAAGACAGACUUCGAGAGAGGAGACGGCUUAGCAUCGAAGAAGGGGUGGACCCCCCUCCCAAUGCACAAAUACACACAUUUGAAGCGACUGCACAGGUCAAUCCAUUGUACAAACUGGGACCAAAGUUAGCCCCUGGGAUGACGGAAGUGAGUGGAGAUGGUUCUGCAGUUCCGCAAACGAAUUGUGACUCAGAAGAGGAUUCAACCACCCUGUGUCUGCAGUCUCGGAGGCAGAAGCAGCGCCAGAUGUCCGGGGACAGCCACUCGCACGUUAGCAGACAGGGUGCUUGGAAAGUUCACACGCAGAUCGAUUACAUACACUGCCUUGUUCCAGAUUUGCUUCAGAUCACAGGGAAUCCCUGUUACUGGGGCGUGAUGGACCGAUACGAAGCAGAAGCCCUUCUGGAGGGGAAACCUGAGGGCACGUUUUUGCUCAGGGACUCUGCGCAGGAGGACUACCUCUUCUCAGUGAGCUUCCGCCGCUACAACAGAUCCCUGCAUGCCCGAAUCGAGCAGUGGAACCACAACUUCAGCUUCGAUGCCCACGACCCUUGCGUGUUUCACUCCUCCACUGUCACUGGGCUGCUCGAACACUAUAAGGACCCUAGCUCUUGCAUGUUUUUUGAACCGUUGCUUACGAUAUCACUGAACAGGACUUUUCCUUUCAGCCUGCAGUAUAUCUGCCGUGCAGUGAUCUGCAGGUGCACUACGUAUGACGGGAUCGAUGGGCUACCCCUCCCAUCCAUGUUACAGGAUUUUUUAAAAGAGUAUCAUUAUAAACAAAAGGUUAGGGUUCGCUGGUUAGAGCGAGAACCAGUCAAGGCAAAGUAACUCCUGUCCCCAAAGGGCAUUAACUAGGUCUGCUCUCAUUUGCAUCAGAUAGUGCGCCCACAGGAAGCACGGUCAGCUGCUAGGGUUCCCGCCCAGAAUGUGAGUUUAGUUGCUAGCCUCUGUCCGAGGGGAUCUGCUCUUUCUCGGACAAAGGUGCCUAAAAACAACAGGAUGAUUGGCAGGUGUCUGAUAGGGCUAUGAAAAGAGCCAGGCAGUGGGCAGUUUGGUUUUAAAUGGCUGUGACAACUGAGCAAGGCAACUCUGGGGCAUUUGCUAUGAAAAAUUCUAUUUCUUACUAAAGAACAAAUUAUUAAUGUUGGAUGGUAUUUCAACAGUGUGACUAACGUUUGAAAUUAUUUUUUCUAAGAAUUUUUCUAUAACCUUCCAAAAGUAGUGAUGUUUGUAGUUACUAUAAAUCAAGCUUUGAAAGUCCAAAACAAAUAAGUAAAUAAAAGACUGUUUUCCUUUUAGAGGAAAAAAUAAUGCAAUUUUUCCGGGCCACAGGGCAUCGUGCAGUGGCGAUGUGGUUUGUAAUCAGUCUCCCUUCCUCCUCAAAGAAAAGGACUCUCAAGUAAACCAAGUUCUCUGAGAUAGUUCCUAAAGCUUCCGAUGUAAAGGUGAGCGGCAGAGGUGUUUAAAGCCUCGGUGUUUGUGAUGCGCUGUGAGUUCACAGGCGUGCAGCCGGAGCUUCAGGUGGGGUUGUUUCCCGAGGUGAUGUGUGCAGGGCACACAUUGUCUCAUCCAAGUUGGAGUCUGUUCCUGUGCCCUUGAGUUUGUGAACCUGGAGGAAAGUGAGACUAGAAGAUGCCCAGACACAUCAGAUAAUAGUAAACUCCACUGGUUGCUGAUGUUGAGUUGUGUUAAACUAUUAAGUAAUCAUUUGGAUGGCAGUAUUUAGCUCUUUGUUGUAAGCUCAUAGCAGAAUUACUUAAGUACAAUUUAUAUUAUACAGUUUUAGUGCAGUUAAUUCUUAACAGAAAACCUGAGGUCUAAACUGCAGAUUUAAAAGGUACUGUACAACCAUGAUGCCUGUAAAUAAAUUUACUUGGCACCUUUUUGUCACUUAGAAUAGUAUGUAAUGCAGCUUGAGUGAACGCUUCGGGAAGUGUUGUCCAGUUCUCGUGUCGCUUCUGCGUGUUGGACUGCGUUCUCAGGUCUGUCCUAGACAUCUGCACUGCAGGGGCUAAGCCCAUCCUGGUGUCUGUUACUGUUCUCUGUAACUGCUGCCGAGGGCUCCUCGGUUUCCGGGCCAGCUGCUUCAGGAGGUGGUUUUAUAUCCCUGCGGCUACUGCCAGGGCUACCGAAAAGAAAUGCUAUAUUUGUAUGCAACACUAACCCUUUGACUGCUAGCGUAUGUUUCUGCUUGCCGUGCCUUGUUCUGGCUGCUUUUUCGUGCUAAUAAAGUAUGUUUGGUGUUCUCCUUGUAUAUCUGCUGUUUUAUACAUUUGCCACAAUUUCUCUUGUAUGUGGAAUGGUUUGGGGUUUUUUAAUAAGCAUUACCUGACAACUUACUGUAGUUUAUGCAAACUCACCUACAGUGUAAUACUGGCCUGUCGGAAUAAGCUAAGUCUAAAUUGAAUGCUCUCUAGCUUUCUAACCCUAAUCACGUUCUAUGGGAGUGUCUGUAGUCCCAGCAAAUCAGUGUACAGUGUAUGACAAACCCGGGAAGUGAAAGCCCUGGUGAUCUCUGCUUGGCAGUGAAAUACCGAGACUGGCAGUGACACAGCAGGUGGGCAUUAGAGCACCCAGCUGCAUCAGACACAGGUUCCACGAGGUCUGUAAGCCAGGACACCGCAGCACCACUUAGUGCUAUGGGGACCAUUUUAAUUGAUGGUAAAUGCCCAAAAGGUAGACCUUUAACCAAAGACUUGCUCAUUUUAAUGCAAAUGGGGAUUGAAGGAACUUAGAUUUUUCUGUUAGUGUAGUAAAAGUCCCUGAGGAACAUAUACCAAAGUGUUUGAGAACUUCAUCCAAACCUACUUUCAAAGCAGAAUGUGCAAUUAAGUUGUUGUGAUGUAAUUAUAUUGCAUAAUUGUUGGGUCUGUUUUCUUGAGCUUAUAAUGUACCUGGAAAAUAAACGUCUUGAGGAAAAAGAAGUCCAUACUGAGUAGUGGAGGAGGACUGUGUUUGUGAGCAAGAGAUGCUGUGAAGAGAGCCUGAAACUCCAAGAGAGCACUUGAUGUUUUUAUAUGCUUGUAGCAAAUUGAUGUUCUCACUAUAGUUUUAUAGAAAAUAUUAAUGCUUUUAUGUAUUUCAGAACUUUUCCUGUGUUAUAUGCAAAUUGUUUUAAGUGUGUAACUAUUGAGUUUAUGUAAGCAUGUGUACACUGUGCUGAAAGGCACCUAUGUUUCAGUUUGUGUACAAUAUAAAUAUGCAACUUUGGGGUUAAUUUUUUGUUAAAAUAUGAGUAGCUUACAUUUAAAAAAAGAAAAAUCACCAGCAUGAAAGUGCACGGAAGUCUUUCUUCACUGUGUAUUUUUCUGAAAUCUGUUGUCCUUUGAUUAAGUUUGUGUGUCUGUGUUUUGGGGGGGGGGCACAUUUUAUUCCAAACCAAAAAAAAAAAAAAAAAAAAAAAAAAGCUUCAGAAGUUACAGUACAUAAUUACACUGAGAGGGUUCUUUGGUCUA